AUGCAAAGAAUGCGGGACUGGGCCAGCGAUGAAUUCAUUAUUCACUUCGCUGCGGAUCAGGAUGCAUUUGCCCGUAUCGUUGAAGCUGGUUCUGAAACGAUUCUGUCUGGCUGGCCAGAGAUCCUCGAAGCUUUCGUGACGCACACGUAUGACGGGGCAUCCUUGGAAGUGAUCAAGACUGGGAAUGCAACUGAUAAUCCGGAGCCUUGGCCUCUCAUGGAGACCUGCAAGGUGGCGAAAGUGUCAAUUGAUGACCCGAGAACGAAACUCCGAGGCCGAGACAAAGUCGUAGCGAUAAGAGCCGUGAAGAAGAACGAAAUCAUCGGAGUGGUGGAGGGAAGAACACAGUUCGACAAAGAGUUUAGAGAGCUUUGCCACUUGAGAGUGGAUACCGUCGAGGCGAAAGGGUCAUUCAACUGGGUCUCCGAGCUGAAUGACUACAGAAACGAUGUUUCCAACGCACUGGAAGAUUUGAACCCAGACAACAAUGUAGCACUGGUGGAAGCGGUGAUUCAUGGGUGGCCGUACAUAUUUGUCAAAGCCACCGCGCAGAUCGAGACAGGAGAUGAACUACUCCUCGAUUAUGGCGCAGAUUACUGGGAGAGUCUGUGCAAAAUUAAUGUUGAUGAUGACCAGGUGAACGGAUUGGUGGAUGAAGCUGUGAAACCAUUCGCGGAGACUAUUUUCGGCAUUGCAAUGGCACUGCGUCGCCUCAGCGCUCGACAGGCCGAACUCGGGGAACUUAUCACGAACAAGGAGAAGGAUGAGAUACGGCGAGAUCUGACGGGAAUCCGAGAGGUUAUAAGCCCGCUGAUGAACGCAAGGAGUAUCAGUGAGGGGCUGAAAAGCGUUGCAAAUACCGCGGAAGGGCGUAGGGAGUGGAUUGCGAAGAUGACACAAGCGGCGGAACCUCUGGAGGAUCACGCUGCUCCCGUUAAUCAUGUCUCAGCGCCAUCGAACGCUGAUGAGGUUGGCGAUUCGUCUGCAGCGACGGCCCUUCAGUUGUUGGAAGCUGGUAGCUCUGCUCACAAUCCCCCAUCAGUAAUACCACCAGCGGGGUCUGCUGAUGAUGCAAAUUCGCUGGCGGAGACAACAGGAGGUGUGGAGAAUCCGCCUGCCAAGUCGGCACCUUCGCCACUGCACAACGGUUCCGUUCUCGUCCAAAGUGUACCGUCCAAGCGAUCUGCAAAACUUGUCAGCCCGCCUAUAGGUCCACCGCCGCCGGAGAAACGCACCUCUCGCCUUGUAGAUUGUCCCGCCUCGCCGCCAUCCAGCAUUGCAGAAAGUGGGCAUCGGCCGCCUGCAAAGAGCGCAGCCCCGCCGUCUCAGAUUGAUACUGUGCAGACAAUGUCGCCUACUGUGUCUAUGGUCGAAGAGGGAGAUGCCCUCUCAGCGUCACCACCAAUCGACAGAGAGGCGGUCCCGCGACAGAACGGUGGCGUUCAAGUUAUAGAUCUGACAACAUUACUGACAGAAGACACUGAACGUGCGAACCCGCCUGAAAACACUGCUCCGCUGCCGCCGAAAGGUAGCGCUUCCCUUGAUGAUGUCUCAAACUUGGGACCUGCAGGAGAUCUUCAGACUGGGCUCGUCCCCUCAUUACCCCAUUGCCGUCAAGCACCCAAUGGACUUCGGAACCAUCGCGACGAAGCUGGCUGGGGAUUUCUUCCGCCAUGCAGUGCUCAAGUGCGACGAUCGCAGAGAUCUACAAUGAACCUGCAUCAAAUCAUACUUCGAUACACUCCACCGAAAGCAGGGGACACCGUCCUCGCAUGUUGGCAGGGGAAUAACGUGUUCUACGAAGCAAAAGUGAUCCGCAACACACCUAAAACUUACCGCGUCAAGUUCCUCGACGUGGAAGAGCCCGCCGAAGUGUCGGUUUCAGGCCUUGUCAUCUUUCCCGAUCCCGUGGAAUUUGUUUCCAUCCCAGCACCCAAUUCAAAAUGCCUCGCGCGGAUGCCACGGUCGAUCUACGAGCACGACAACAGCGGCCAGUUCUUGCCAGCAACUAUUACUGGUUCCACUGUUAGCUCCGUCGAUGUGCGCUUCUCGUUUGGCGUCAACACUGGCGUACCUGUGGAGAGAAAGAUUGCGCGCGAGAAUGUCGUGCUAAUAGAUCAGGAAUACCACGACAAGGUGGUUAAGAAUAUGCGGAUCGCGCGGGAGAAGGCGAAUAAGGGGAUGCCGGCUAAGAAAAGCCGAAAUGCACGGGAAGAUGGAUUGGAUACAAGGGAAUUGCGAAACAACCAAGAAGGAAGCGAGCGUUCGCGUUCGAAGCACCGCCCAAUCGACAAAGAUCCGAGACCUACCUCGUCGCAUUCACAACGAUCGACCCCCAGCGAGCCGAGACGGGGGCAACUAGAUUCCUGGCGACCAAUAGAUUUAAGGAGUCCACCGCCGACAUCGAGUUGGCAGCCAAUUCAGCCUCGUCGAAUCUCACUGGAUCUGGAGUCACCGACCGUCAGAGCGCCGAGGCGACCGCAGGCGUCGGGUUCGCGACCAAUUGGAUCGGGGCCAUCUGAAGGCGCUGUGCAGAUUAAACCUAAUGAAGAGCACACCGAGGGAGGGAAGGCUUCCGGUUAG